UUUUUUUUAUAAAUGUUAUGAUGAAAGUUUUGUAACUUUGUAUAUGAAUCUUAAAAGUUUGAGGAUGACAUUUAGAAUUUCAUAGAUAGAUAAUGAUGUAUUCAUCAAAUUCUUGUUCAAAGUCUUCCUUACGCAGAUUUCAUUUGUACCUGCUUUAAUCCAUUGACUUUCACUCUAUAAUUUCCCCCAAUUUCUUUCAUAUAUCGCAAUCAUCAUCACCCAAAAAACCCUACACCAUUUCUUCAGUUUUACCCAGAUUUUCCCCUAUUAUUCUUCAUUUUGAGUCUGAAAUGAUGAUAAUGACAUCAUUUAAAGAUUUUUUCUAAUACAAUUUUUACCCAAUUAUCUUCUUACAAUUUCGUUAUUCCCCAGAUUGAAUAAUUGGUGAAUUUCAUCAUUUUUUUUUCUGGUAAACCAAACACGGUACACGGAAAUCUACAAAAAUGUUCUCCCCUAUUUCACUGCAUCUAAAGUUCUACACCCCUCUUUCUCCAUUUCCAUAACCCUAAAAACGUAACUUUUUCAUUCUCUUGACCUUCUCCUUCUUGGCUUAUCAAAUUCUCGUCGUUGGAAAAUUUGUUUAUCCAACUUGAUUCAGGUGAUGUCAGACAACGAAAGAUCAUACGAUGAAGUUUGGGACAGCAUGUGGGAAAACGAAGCUUCAGAUGAUGAAGCUGGGAAGACAUUGUCAGACAACGGAAGUCCAGGCGAUGAACCUUUGUCGAAGAAGCGAAAACUUGCUAGCGACCUUAAUGAAGUCACUAUUGAUGAGCAUUUGGAAGCAAUUGAGGAAGCUGCUUUAAAAGAGUUAAUCUUGAAUACUUGCGGAAAUUUUCUGGUUGGUUGCAAGGAAUUACCUGGUCAACUUUAUGAUAGUCUGAUUGAAGGACUUACCACUCUUGUUUACCAAUUGUAUGACAAAGAGGAUUUAUACCGGAUGGGAAGUUCUCGCAUGGUUAUUGAUCAACAAAACAAGUUUUGGGAAGAACUUGCACCUAUAGGAGAGAAGAAUGAAUCAGUUUUUGAGUUUUGCAAGUGGAUUUUCUAUAAAAAGAUUGACCCGGAAAGAUACUCUUUGUUGACCGAACAUGAUCUUGGCAAAAUGGUUUCGCAUUAUAGCAGUCUCUCAUAUAAGAAGCCUUAUACGUAUUAUCGCGUCAAGGAAAAUAUGAAGAGUACUAUUGAUGAUGACAUUCUGAAAGCAAUCAGAAAAGUAAAGCUUUGUCUAAGAUUAUCGGUUGAUCAAUAUACAGAUUUACUGAUAGAGAUGUUUACGGAUCGUGAUAUGAAAUGUCAAGAGUUUUUGAUCGCCAAAGCUGUGGAGAUAAUUGAUAUUGAAACCUUGUACAGCUUAGAUGCUCAUUCACUGUCUUUUAUUAUUGAGUGGCCAGACUCAAAGAGGUCUCCCCAUGAAGAGUUUGACAGCCUUCUUAAAUUUCACUUAUUCAACAUUACUCUAUGGAGAAAAAGAAUGGUCAAAGAAAAUGUGGAUGAUGCGACUUUUCCUUUUGUUUAUUUAUUGGUGCAUUGGAACAACAUAAUGCCUCUGCGCGGGCAUUUUGAUGACUUUAUUGAAGUUGCUGAACUUCGUCGUAAGGCUGAAGGGACUCGUUUUAUCAACAGGGAUCAUUUCAUGUGGGCCUUUCGUGAGAGAGGAUAUGAGCUCCCUAGUAUGUUUAUGGAUAUUGCAGCCUCUAGAAAUGCUGAUGAUAAAGCUGAUCAACCUCCUUAUCACAUAUAUUUUACUGCAAUUGCGUUGUCAAAUGCUGGUCAAGAGCCCCUUCAAUUUGAACAUCUUGCCUUUGCGGUGGUUUUCAGCAAUUCUUUUGGCUUUUCUAAUGAGGAGGAGGUGAAAAAAAUGAAAGUCGACUUCCAAGCUUUCAAGACUGCUUUAAGUAACCAUGGUGUGAGUGUCCCAAAGUAUCGGUCUGCGUUCAAAACCAAGUCUUAUUUUUAUGACGUGUGGCAAAAACAACUAGGUGGUUCAAAGGUAAACUUAAGGAAGGCUUGUUCGACAAGUUAGCCUUUUAAGCUCAUACAUAAUGAGAUUGUGAUGGACUUAUGUAUUUCAACUAAUCUAAAAAUGUUAUAAAUUUUAAUUUGUGAUUUAUAGUGUUAUACUGGUUGAUCCUGCCAGGAGUCAUAUGCUUGUCUCAAAGAUUAAGCAUUUGCUACACAUUUAUUGCAACUUUUCAAAUUUUAA